AUUUUCAGGGGUCAAAAAUAAUAAGCACAAGAAUCAAGAGGCCAUUGCGCUCUCUUUCUCACCUCACUUUCGUUUUGCCCUUUCCGGUCAUGGAGUCCUCCUCCGUCGAUCCUCCUCCGUCGCCGCAGAACACUGCACCCGCCGGACAUGGCAGCGAAGGCGGCAAUUGCGGCGGAGGAGAUCAUUCCAUUGAGUAUCCGCGGGUGUCCAAGGUAUUGAAGCCUUUGCGCAAGCGCAAGGGGAUUCUUUUGUUGAAUUCGAAGAAAGUGUUGAAGGAUGCUUCUUCUUCGUCGUCUUCUUGUUCUUUCCUCGCAAGGAGUUCGCAUCAAGGGUAGAAGAAGGGGCUGUGAGCCGUGCCCCAGGAGGAAUGAAGAUGGUGUCUCUGAUCUUGCUCUUCCUCUCGGCAUGUCGUUCGCUGCAAUCAUCUCGCAGGUUUUGGAUGGGAAGAAUAGGUCAGGAGGGAGAAUACCAGUUGAUCAUCUUUCCAUGAUUUGUACUUCAGCGCUGAAAGAAUCUGUAACAUAUAUUUAUGGAAAUAGAUUUGACUCUUUUGUGAGAAACUUUGAGAAAUCAUUUGGAAGCACAUUGAAGACACUCCGAUCUAUCGAUGAAACUUCUUCAAAUAAUGGGGGGGAUCCCACUUGCUGUUCUAUUGGGAGCAAUAAUCAGGAAGCCGAAGAAAUCUCAGCAAUUGAGGAACCCUUUAGUAGAACAGAAAAUUUUCAAAAUAAUCUGCCAUUCAACUGCUUAAACAAUCAACUCAUAAUUCAUGGGGGAGCUAACCUAGACCUGGCUAAUGUAUCGGAAAGAGGGACCCUUUCUGGAUUCAAUCAAUUAAUUUUGAAUACAUUUGAGAAAUCAGUUAUGGAGCAAAGCCGCUCUAAUGACCUCAAGACAGUGGAGAUCAACCUAAUUAUGAAGCGUUUGCAAUUGAAGCAGUCGCAACUCGCUCUCAAUUCCUAUGCAAACUUGUUAGAGAAGAUAAAAUUAUCUAUGGGCAUCUCCAAGGCAACAUUUAAAGAAGAAAAGUUACGGAAUCAGAUACAAGACACUCGGCAUGCACAGCUUCUCAGAAGGUGCAUAGAUCUUCUUGUCACAGGCUUGAUUAUAAUGUGCAGUUUCCUUGUUUAUGGAGCAUUUACCUUUUCUUACAAGCGGAUAAUGGAGGCAACAUCAUCCUGCACAUCAACUCCCAAGGAAUCCAAAUCUUGGUGGGUUCCAAAGCCAAUGGCAUCUUUUAAUUCGGGCUGGCUUAUGCUAAGAUGCCACACAGUAGUACUAACUCGCCUUUCUUUUGGCCUAUUGAUGAUUUUGGUUGUUGCUUAUUCAGCAUUUCAGCGUUCAGCAUCAUCUGGACCAAUUAUGCCUGUCACGUUCAUUCUUCUUCUACUUGGUGCUCUUUGUGGUACUGCUGGAAAGCUUUGUGUGGAUACACUGGGUGGGAAUGGAUAUCGUUGGCUCGUUUAUUGGCAGGCCUUCUGUUUAGUUCAUUUUCUAGCCAAUGCCUUCCCUUCUGGAUUGUAUCUUGUUCUCUACGGACCUGUUUCUGUGACUCAAAGCAUUAAAGUUAUUCGGAUACCCUACUGGAUCAGGCGAUACACAUUCUAUGCGGUUAUGCUUCUAGUUCUUCCCACAUUAUCUGGUUUGCUGCCUUUUGCAUCCCUUAAGGACUGGAAAGACCAUUUCUCACAAAAGAUGAAUUUUUGGAUUUCAUCUAAUGAGCCUGAUCUCUGACAGAUACAGGAACUCUUCAGGUUGAUGGUAGAAAUUUGCUAUCAGUGCUCGCUUAUUGGUUGCUCAACUAUACUCUAUGUUGCUAUUUUUGUUCACAGCAAAGCUAUCAUGCAACCCUGAGAUGCUGAUGUUUUUGCAGGCAUUCGCCUAUUUAAAAUUACUUAUUUGGAUAUCAAUAUGUUGUUAUCUUUGUACCAUGAAUAUGCAUAUGUGAGCUAGACUAAUCAUGUAGGCUAUGCUGUAUAACUUGAGUCCUUUUUUGGAAAAUAAGAAUGCAGAGUAGUUUUAAUUGGCA